GGAAAUUACGAUUAGGGAAGUCUGUGUCAUGUGAUAUAUAUAUACAUUGCGUGACGCAGAAAGCGUCAAUAAAGGCCUAAAUAAAGGAAGAGGCGCACGAGCACACACUAGUUUGCACCAUGGCAGAUGAUUUGAAGAGGUACCUGUACAAACAGUUGCCAACGGUUGAGGGUCUCCAUGCAAUAGUCGUAACAGACAGGGAUGGAGUUCCUGUAAUCAAAGUUGCCAAUGACAAUGCUCCUGAAUAUGCGCUGCGACCAGGCUUUCUCUCAACAUUUGCACUGGCCACAGAUCAAGGCAGUAAGCUGGGUCUGUCCAAAAAUAAGAGUAUUAUUUGCUACUACAACACGUAUCAGAUUGUGCAAUUUAACCGAUUACCUUUAGUGAUCAGUUUUAUUGCAAGCAGCAGUGCAAAUACAGGUUUGAUCAUCAGUUUGGAGAAGGAGCUUGUUCCACUGAUUGAGGAACUAAGACAGGUGGUUGAGGUUGCCUAGAAGACAGACAGUUAUAUAACUACUGCAUAACUAUAUAACUAUCUGGAUCGGAUCAAGACACACACAUGCACCUUGGACAUUGAUGUUGGCUGUGAACCUGGAUUUCAUGUCAAUUGCUCAUGAUGCUGUAUGUUUCUCUUUUGAAUGUAACACUGUCUGGUUGUAUUUUAGAUUUUUCUUCUAAUUAAUAAAUUUGUUUAUGACUUUGGUGUACAAAA